AUGGCCUCAGGAGCAGCGAUCACGCUCCUUCUCUAUGACUGGAUGCUCGUAUUCCGGGAUGAGUAUGACACCUUUUACCAGGCGAGAUGGUCGAUGCCGAAAGGGUUGCUCAUCUAUAUCCGGUCAAUCACCCCUCCCACUUUGAUUUUUACCGCAUUUGCACUUUCGGACCUCCGACCAGAUUUAAAUUCCAAGCAUGGGUAUACGUUCAAGUCAUGGGGAUGCUCACGUCCUUGGCUAUUAUCUCUGCGCUUAAUGGCUCUCUAUCGAAGGAAACGAGUUAUCGUUUGGUUCAUUGGCCUAUUUUUCGGCGCGUCCUACGGCGCCACAUUUGCCCUCGUCAUUUACUCGCUCAAUGAGUAUCAUCACACAAUCUACUACAAUGGAGCCGUACGGGUCUGUGCGACGACUGCGGUCUCCAAGACAAUGCCUGCAAUCUUCUACGCCCCAAUGGCUUUCGAGACAUUUAUAUUCAGCUUGACAGCGUGGUCCGCUUGGAAGGAUGCGAAGCUUGUUCUUGGGCCAUCAAGUACACCUUUCCUAACUGUUCUCUAUCGCGAUGGCGCAGCAUGCUUCCUCGUCAUGACUGGCCUUAGGGCGUGGAACAUCUGGAUCUAUGAUACGCAAACAGCAGAUAGCUAUAAUAUGGGGACGCCGAUCAUGUGGGCCGUCAACGUCGUCCUCAUGACACGUGUAUACAUGAAUCUAGUUCAACUCGCUCGUAAACCGCUGCUUACGGCUCCAACCUCGGCACAAGACGUCGGGCCGAGUAUCAACAUCGCGAUGCAACCGCAGGGCAGGAGCAUGCUCAGGUCGACUAUAUCCUACAAGUAUGGCCACGGCCCGGUGUCGACAGAAACUGGGACAGGUUAUCUGAGCUCGGCAAUGCAUACCAUCAACCUUGACGACAACGGACAAGAUAGCAAGUAG